AUGGGAAUUGCCGUCAGCCCUUUGCUUGUGGCAUAUGCGGUCAAAAAUUCGAUACCGUGGCAGAUUUUUGAACGGCACCGAGAUGCUAUGCAUCAAAAUCCAUUGUUGUGUAUCGAAUGCGAUAGAUUAUUUGGCAGUGAAAGCGAAAUAGUCAAACAUUACAAAACGGAACAUGGUGACAAUGCAAAACCCAAGAAAUCAACUAAGCCGAAACUCCCUGCCCUGACGCUAUUCGAGCGAAAGAACCUUGAGAAGAAAGCCGCCCAGACCUACGUUUGCAAAAUUUGUCUGAUCGAAUUCAAAGAUCCUGUAGACGCCAAAUAUCACGUUAAUCAUCAUCACCCGGAUGAUCCCGACUUCAAACAGUACACCUGUGAGCUGUGCGGGAAAUCCUUCACGGUAGCGGCUGACUACGAGAUUCACGUGAAACGCCACAAGGGCCUCAGGCCAUUCAAGUGUUCCGAUUGUGGCAAAACGCUUUGCCGACUUGGUGACGCGCAACCGGCACGAGAGCACCGGCGUGUGCCCGAACCAGAUGGUGAUCUGCUGCGUGGAGUGCGAUGA